AUGGCAAACGACGGUCCAGAUCAAGACCUAAAGGAGGAUGCGGAGGCCAGCGGACGAGAGGUGGUCUCUGGUACGGCGGCGACAUCAAGGCUGAGCAGUUCCUCUGACCGCCACCUUGACCCCGUCGACGAGCUGAAGAACCGCCUCUCCAUGUGGGGUGAGUCUCGUAACUACAAGCCUGACGAGGAUGAUGAAGAAGGGUCAGAACAUGAACUUCUCUUAGAUCCAAACAUGCCCGAAGAAUACAACAUCCGUCUGGACAACUUGGACAUCCAUCGAGCUGCAUCAAAUAGUUUCGACGACGAGGAUGCCGCCAAGCGUACCGACGAACAUGACACGGAGGACUCGCCCUACCCGGAAGUCAGGGCUGCUGUCAAGAACUAUGAUGAAGACCUCCCUUGCAACACUGUGAGAGCCUGGGUCAUUGGACUGACGCUAGUUACCGCGGGGGCGUCCAUGAACACCAUAUUCUCCCUGCGACAGCCAUCUAUCAGCGUCGGUCCAUUGGUGGCACAGAUUGUUGCCUGGCCCAUGGGCCAUGGAUGGGCAAAGGUGAUGCCGUCCAAGGAGUUCACAACCUUUGGGAUUAGUUGGUCCCUGAAUCCCGGGCCAUUCAACGUCAAGGAACAUGCCAUCAUUGUCGUCAUGGCUAGCGUCUCAUUCUCCGUGGCGUAUGCUACCGACAUUGUACUUGCUCAACUAGUUUUUUACAAGCAGAACUUUGGUAUGAUCUUCCAGCUACUCUUGACCAUAUCCUCUCAGUCUCUCGGAUACGGCAUUGCUGGUAUUAUGAGGAAAUUCCUCGUGUACCCUGCCGCCAUGAUAUGGCCAGGCAAUCUUGUGGCAGUGACGUUGAUGAAUGCCAUGUAUGAGAGACCACCUCCCAACGACCCUACGAUUCUAGGAGGCUCGAUGCCGCGAUAUCGAUGGUUUGCCAUCAUAACUCUCUGUUCAUUUCUGUACUACUUCAUUCCGGGCUUCUUCGCACAGUUCCUCAGCGUUUUUGCGGUUGCGACCUGGAUCGCCCCGAAGAAUCCGGUUGUGAAUCAGCUCUUUGGUGGCCUUACAGGCUUGUCGAUACUCCCCAUAACGUUUGACUGGACUCAGAUAGCCGGAUUCGUUGGUUCUCCGCUGAUUCCACCCUGGCACGCCAUCGCCAACAUCUCGAUAGGUGUCGUUACUUUCUUCGUCAUUGGCGCCAGUAUACUGCAUUACAGCGGUGCUUGGUAUGCUCAGUUCCUGCCUAUGAGCGAUUCGAGUACCUAUGACAACACUGGGGCCAAGUACAACGUCAGCCGUAUCUUGACCACAGACUUCACGCUGGACGAAGAGGCGUACCGGAAUUACUCGCCUCUAUUCUUGAGCACUACCUUUGCCAUGUCGUACGGCUUGUCAUUUGCGGCGAUCACGUCCCUCGUCGUCUACACCUGGUUGCAUCACAGCAAGACGAUCUGGCGACAGUAUAGGAACAGCACCAAGGAGAAGCCAGACAUACAUAUGAAGCUAAUGAGAAAGUACAAAGAGGCCCCCACAUGGUGGUAUAUGAGCCUGUUUGGUGUGAUGCUCGCUCUGGGCUUCAUCACCAUCCUCGCUUACCCUACCAACCUGACCUGGUGGGCAUUCUUGCUGGCAGUGGUAAUAUCCUUUGGGUUUGCGCUGCCCAUUGGCAUCAUUGAAGCGGUGACAAACAACCAAAUCGGCCUCAAUGUCCUGACCGAAUUCGUCUACGGCUACAUUCAACCUGGUCGGCCGUUGGCCCUCAUGAUUUUCAAGACCUUUGGCUACAUCACCAUGUCUCAAGCACUGCGGUUCGUGGCUGAUUUGAAAUUCGGUCACUACAUGAAAAUCCCGCCGCGAACCAUGUUCCUGGCACAGGUCGUAGCGACCACUUUCUCCUGCUUCAUCCAGAUUGCCGUGCUAAACUUUGCUCUCAACAAUAUCGAUGGUGUUUGUGAAACAACACAGCCUGAGCAUUUCACGUGUCCUGGAGGACGCGUCUUUUUUUCCGGUAAAUCCCUUACGAGAUGGAAAAUCUAUGAAUCAUUCAUGCUAAUGUUAUCUCUCACCGCAACAGCAUCGGUUAUCUGGGGCCUCAUCGGCCCGGCACGGAUGUUCUCUCCGGGGCAGAUCUACUCGGCGCUCUUCUUCUUCUUCGCCCUCGGCGCCGUCGUGCCCGUCAUCUUCUACUUCGCGGCCAGGAAGUGGCCCAAGUCGCCCUUCAAGUUCCUCAUGGCGCCGCUCAUCUUUGGCGGGGCCGGCCUCAUCCCGCCCGCCAGCCCGCUCAACUACCUCUCCUGGGGCAUCGUCGGCUUCGUCUUCCAGUACUGGAUCCGCAAGCGGCACUUUGGCUGGUGGAGCCGGCUCAACUUCCUGACGUCGUCGGGCCUCGACCUCGGCCUGGCCCUCAGCACGCUCGUCAUCUUCUUCGCCUUCACCCUCAACGAAAUCAACCCGCCGAGCUGGUGGGGCAACGACGUCGUCACGUCGACCAUGGACUUCCAGGACACGGCGAUCCGGACGGUCCUUCCAGCUGGGCAGUCGUUUGGGCCGGAGACGUGGUGA